CACAUUCAGGACUAUAGAGGGAGCGUGUUUCAUCGUCAGUGCGUUUCCGAGCCAGUUGUGACCACAAUGGAGAACUUAAUGUACGUCCUGUGGGUUUGUUUCGUCCUUCAUCCAAACGUCGACUCCGUCCAAGAAACGUUACCGAGAGACAAUAGGUGGUGCGCGCACGUCGUGCACAAGACGGUGGGAAAUUUGGAAACUUUCUUCCAGCCUCAACUUCUACCUUGUUCUCCUAACUGUGCGCCACAACUCUUAUAUCGCACACACUUAAUGCCCACGUACAAGAUCGUCUACAAGUCCGUGACGCAGCUGGAGUGGCGAUGCUGCCCGGGCUACCAGGGCCACAACUGCAUGGAGGUAAAAAGCGGGGAGCGUGUGGAGCGUCUGCCUCAGGCGGCCGUCCCCUCUGGACACUUUCCAGCAUCGCAAGGUAAAGGAAAGGAACUGACCGACAACCAGAAGACGCAUCCGUGGCAAGGUCAGACGAGUGUACCGCGAGGUCAUGGCGACGCACAGCACCUGGAAAAGGAGGUGCAGCGACUCUCCCAAAUGGUUCUGGACAUGCAGGCCAGAAUAACGGACAUGUCCUCCAACCUGAGACUGGACUUUCAAGAGGAUGCCAGCAAGAUUCUGCACACUCUACUGGACCAGUUCAGGCAGCCCUCCAGUGUACGGGGUUCAGAGACGGAAACCAUGGACUUCCCUUCAGAGAGCCAUCAACGGGCAACAACGGACAAGCUUUUCAACAAGAUCAACCAGCUGGCAGAUGAAGUGAAGAACAGGAGCAGCACUUUCAAUCAUCUGGAAGAGCGUGUUGACCAACAUGAUGGUCAAAUUCACCUUUUGACCAAAGUCUGCAAGUCCUGCGACCCUUCUGCGGCGCUGUCCUCAGGUGCUGCUGACCUGCGGACCUAUGUGGAUGAGAACAUCCGCGCCCUGAGGAAAGAGAUGAUGGAAGGCUUAGACAUCAAACUGGGUGACCUGAAGAACUCGUGCGACUAUAAAAUCAUGUCCGUGCAGGACCUGUGUGACAGCCAGGAAGACCACUACCUCAGCCUGACUGAGCUCAUGGACUCUAAGGAAAGCGAUCUCCGUGACCAAAUCCAGGACUUAAGGACCAAGCUGGCGGAGUGUGGUAAUAAAACCGGAGCUCCCCCGGAAACUACAAGGGGACUCGUGAACUCAUCUGUGGUUGAGCAGAACCUGAAACUAAAACAAGCAGAAGCCAUCAAAGACCUGAGAGAGAGUCUGGAGGACAAGCUGGUGUCAAUGGAGGACAGAUUCUCCAACCUUCAGUCUGGACUUCAGACAGACCGUCUGGAUGUUGUCCAAAAAGAAGUGAACACUCUCAGGGGAUCUUUUCAGUCUUUGCUGGACAGAGUGAACGCGUUGGAUCGAAUCUGCUCGGUUGAGGGAAAGAACAAAAGUCAAGAGUCCUCCAAGACUGCUCUGCAUGCUUUGGAGUACAAAGUGACCGGUGUGGAGGACCAUCUUCUCAACUGCAGCGCCGACAUGGAGAGCAUACGAGGCGAUCUUCGCGCCGUUCAAGGUCAAGUAGGCAAGCUGGAGGACUCGCUGUCCAACGUGGUCUACGAGCAGAGCUUCAUCUCCACCAAGGUCAUGGGCGGCUCGACUUUGACGACAGAUGUUCAUGUUGACGUCGCGGACGCAGGACCAUCCAGGAGUUCUCCUAGAAGCUCCCCAGUGGCUCCUCCCCCUGUAGACACACCCCUGCAAAUGCCUUUGAUGGAAAUGGGUGAGGCCGGCCCCCCGGCGACAAGGACCGCUGGAGCUCCAGGGGACAAGGUGGCCUUCUCAGUCGGCCUGACUCGGACACCUGUUCAAGGAGAGGACGGGGUGCUCCGAUUCAACCAGGUGCUGGUCAACGAUGGAGGACACUAUGAUCCGAGCACAGGAAUCUUCACAGCUCCCGUCAAUGGCCGCUACCUGCUGACGGCCGUGCUCGCCGCUCAGGAAGGCGAGAAGUUGGAGGCCGUUCUCUCCGUGUCCAAUCGCAGCAUCCACAGGCUGCACUCCAGAGGACAACAGGUCCUGACGGCGGAACAAUGUGCUUGCAACAGUCCGGCCUCGCUCAGCCUGGUGGUCCCGAUGAGGCGAGGAGAUGGCGCGGGACUGGCCGUAACGGCGGGAAAGCUCGGCGUCUCUGCUUCCUCUGACUUCCUGUCGUCCUUCAGCGGCGUCCUCUUUUACACGAACACGUCUGGUCUUUUGCCAGGCGAAAAGAAGGUAAAGAAAGGCGGGCAUGAUGACAUGAUGAAUGGGAACUUGCAAGCGAGUAAAGUAUGAACAUGAACAAUUGAUCAGACAUUUUUUAAUUUUGAGCUUUUUUAAUUUUUGUCUUAUGGAAAAAAUUUGUUUUUCUUAAUAAUUUCUACAGUGAUACACCUCUGUUACAAAAGGUUUUGGGAUUUGAGAAAUAUUUGUAAAGAAAUAUAAAGUUUUGA